AAGUUUGAGGAGAUUAUCAUUUUAAGCCCUAAAAAGUGAAAAACAAUCUCUUGCAGGGAGAAGGGAGAAGGGAGAAGGGAGAAGGGAGAAGAUGUCGAGGCGAGAGAGCAGAGAUUCAGAGCCUAAACGAGAUCGUUCUAGAUUCGAUCGCGAAUCCAGCCCUAAGAGGUCUAGGAGAGAUGCACAACCUGAAGCUGAAGGAGUUCUUCUGAGUAAGAAGGAUUUUGAUGUUAGUACUGAGACAGAUAAGAAGCCACGCCAGUCCCUGAGAGAUCCUGCUCCACUCGAACCUGAUUCUCAGGGCUUGACAAAAGACGAUGACAAGAAGACGACCAAACGAGCUCCCCAUCUGUCAGAAGGACCUCGUUCUAGACCUUACCAUCAGCAGCAUGAUGAUCGUCGUACUACUGGGAGAGGAGACAGAAGGCCAACUCCUGAGAGAGGAUCUUGGAGAGGUUCGAGAGAUCAGAGCAAUCGUCGAGCUGGAGAUGAUCGUAGAGACCAAGACAAAAGCACUUGGCGACACGACAAGUUCCGUGAGGGUGACGACACCAAAGGAGCACUCUCUCGGAAACGCCCUGCCUUCAGGGAGAAGAAGAUUCCAGAGGAAUCUAGGAACGGCACAGACAGAACAAGAACUGAGGAGGCAAAAGACACGAAUCUAAACACUCGCAGACAGAACGAGAGAAACUGGAGGAGCAACAACAAUGAGAGACCGGCAAUGGGAAGAGACAGGGUGUGGAACAGAGACGAUGGAAGCAGACAGAGUUAUCGAGCUGAUAGAGAGGUGGGAUUCAACAGAAAUGGACGAAGUGGUUUUCAUGGAAGCUGGACAAAGGCUGAGAAGAAAUGGGACCAUGACUUGUACGAGGAGGCGAACAAGAGUCCUGGUAGAGCCAACGAGGAAGAACAGAUUGCAAAGGUCGAAGCUUUGUUGGCUUCUUAAAGCUAUUGCUUAUUGUUAUGUUUCUUGGUGUGGAUUUUGCAUCUAAUCUCUUUUAAUGUCUUAGUUUUGCAAGUGUAGAAGAUAAUCUCUGAGUUUAUAUAAUGAAAAACUUUGUUCUA